AGCGCAAUCAGAAUUUCUCCCACAAGCGUAUUCCCGGAAAGACGGGCAUUGGCCACGGCUAUGGCGGCGUUGUUGAGCGUUUCGUGCGCUUUUCUUCUCGCACUUGCUUUAGGCGCUUCCUACGGCCUCGUUCUCUGGUUGCUCCGUGAGCGUCGCAAAUGCUUCGACGCUUUUCGAGGCACCGGAGUGCCCACAGUGCCGCUUCGAAACAUCAUCAAUGGCAACUUGGACGAGUUCUGGAAACAGAAUGUCAUCAAAAACCUGGACCAAUGGUAUAAAAAAUACGGCGAUGUCUUCGGCUUCUUUCUAGGUGAUACCCCGAUUAUGGUUGUGAAAGAUCUGGCCAUGAUAAACGAUAUAUUCAUCAAGGACUCAAGCAAGUUUCCCGGCCGCGGGCGCAUGCUGAACAUCUACGAGAUGGACCCUCACUUAGCCAAGUACAUUGUCGUGUCCAAAGGUUCAGUUUGGAAGAGCGCACGAACCUCCAUGUCCAAAUUCUUCACCACAUCGAAGUUGAAAGCGGUGAUGCCUUCACUGCUCCACGCCCAGGAGGAGUUUAUACGUGUUCUAGGCGAGCAUGCCGACCGUGGAACCGAGGUGGACAUCAACAGCAUCUGCGAACGCUUCACGUUCGACAUGAUCAGCAAAGCGGCGUACGGCAUGGACACGAAUGUGCAGAGGAAUCCCAAGUACCCACUGUUUACGAAGGCCCUGGCUUUCAUGCCGAACAUCACAUCAGGCUUGUUCUACAACCUUGGCCAAAACCUAUACCACUGGGCAUGGAUUCCUCGGAUGCUCGCCAAGAUAUUGGGCGCCAUGUAUGCUAACCCUAUUUCUGAUAUGGCUAAAAAGGUCGAAGAAAUUAUUGAAUACCGGCGAAAAAAUCCUCAGAGAAACUUACCAGACAUGGCUCAGAUCCUGUUAGACGGAGUGCUCAGCAGAGGAGACUCUAGCCUAAAGCAACAUGAAUCCAUGGUUCACGCCACAGGUGUUCAUUGA